CGCUGAUUAGUGACCAUGAAGGGCGUCUGGCUCCUGCUUUGCUCCGCGUCUUUAACGUCAGCCUUCUACCUGACUAAAACAGACGAAUUACAUUUUAAAUCAUGGAUCGCACAGUACAACAAAGCAUACAACUUCAAGGAGUACUACAAAAGGCUCCAGAUAUUCACAGAAAACAAAAGGAGGAUCGAAAAGCACAAUGAAGGAAAUCAUUCUUUCACAAUGGCACUAAACCAGUUUUCAGACAUGACUUUUAAUGAGUUUCGAAAGUCUUUCCUCUUGUCUGAACCACAGAACUGCUCUGCCACCAAGGGAAACCACUUCAGCAGUAAUGGACCAUAUCCAGACUCUAUUGACUGGAGAAAGAAGGGGAAUUAUAUUACACCAGUUAAGAAUCAGGGAGCUUGUGGUAGCUGCUGGACUUUUUCCACAACUGGCUGUUUGGAAGCCGUCACUGCUAUCGCCACUGGGAAGCUCGUGCCUCUGUCAGAACAGCAGCUGGUAGACUGCGCCCAGGAUUUUAAUAACCAUGGCUGUAAUGGGGGUCUUCCCAGUCAAGCAUUUGAGUAUAUCAUGUAUAACAAGGGACUGAUGACAGAGGAGGACUAUCCAUACACUUCUGUGGAGGGUAUAUGUUCAUAUAAACCCACCCUGGCUGCUGCUUUUGUGAAGGAAGUGAGGAACAUAACAGCGUACGACGAGAUGGGAAUGGUUGAUGCUGUCGCCACUCACAAUCCUGUUAGUUUUGCCUUUGAGGUCACUAAUGACUUCAUGCAUUACCAUGAGGGUGUGUACACCAGCACUAAAUGCCACAACACCACAGACAAAGUGAAUCAUGCCGUGCUAGCUGUUGGCUAUGGACAAGAGAACGGUACACCCUAUUGGAUAGUAAAGAACUCAUGGGGCCCUACCUGGGGCAUAAACGGGUAUUUCCUUAUUGAGAGGGGAAAGAACAUGUGUGGACUCGCUGCCUGCUCAUCCUUUCCAGUGGUUUAAUUUUUCUUCAAUGAUAUGUCUCAAAAAAUACUAAGAAUAAUCUAAGUGAGGCAUAAUUGAUUUUUCUUAAUCAUAUAUAGUGCAUUUUUAUAAUUCUGAAUUUUUAUCUUGUAACUACGAUAAACUGGAUUCUAGUUUAUUGUUUGAGGAGUUUUAACUACUGAUAAAACACUUUUAUAUGGUAAACUGAAUUUAAUUCAGAUUUGUUUACAAAUGAUAACUGAGAUGAUCAAUUUACUGUUAAAUCUUUGAGAUAAAACUCCAAAAUAAA